AUGGACACAAAAACACACAAACGCGAAAGAAGCAAACCACCAAGCAAAGCGUCUGGGCGAACGAAUGCCAUCCAAAACAGUACACUGGGCAGUGUGGCGAGCGUACCAUCACUGCCGGUAACUCCAGAGCGGCGACUGACAGCGAUAAGUAGCAGCCCAGGCAGUAAGUUCACCAGUGUACCCAGGACAGGUGGACCAACUGAUCGUAACACGUCGAUCGUCCUUCGCUAUUCGGCGCCCUGUGCUGGGCCGGAAUCGCCCGUUGCGACCACCAAACCCAAGGUACCACGGCUGUCCGGCAAACGUCAACCGGGCAAAGCGUUCUCGGUCAGCCUCGGUGUGAAGCAGGCCUGUAGCCGUCCAUCGCUCGUUCGGAAGUCGCUUCCGACGGUUGGCGUUGCCGGUGCCGGGCGGCUCACGCGACACGGCGGUGUGCCACCGAUCGUUGUCACCACCGCCACAACGAACAGUGAUAAUUCCAGUGAUUCCAUUCACGGCUUCGACCGUAGUGGCGACAGUACCAAGCUUGAUAAACAGCAUCAACUGACGGAUGCACAGCAGGCCGAGUACGGCGCGACACCGAACAACUAUCAACCAUCUUCCAUCGGUCAAUAUAGUUCCGACGUGCAGCAGCAGCAACGGCAGCCAGGUAGCAGUGGGAUGGUUGCCACCUCGGGGUCUCCACUGUCCCAGAGUCUGUCACCAGCGACGGGAUCCUCCCCGCCGCUAUCGAUCUCAACAAACGUGACGCUUAACACGCCCUCGCUGGCGAACUGCACCGGCAGACAGGGCGCAUCCGUCGGUAGUUCGCGUACGGGUAACACCACCGGCAGCAAGCGAACCUCCAGCACGGCUGCAUCCGGGCUCGGCGCCGAGGGUAGACAUGUUCCAUUCCGCCUGACAGCCAACAACGAUGGGAAUUGCAUGCCGGGCGGAUCGCCCACCCAUACCAGCGUCAGGGACGGGAAGGUACAGCUGCAGAUCGUCACACAGCCGGAGUCGCAGCACCGGGCCCGCUACCAGACGGAAGGUUCCCGGGGUGCGGUGAAGGACCGUAGCGGCAACGGGUUCCCGGUGGUGCGGCUCGUCGGUUACAACAAACCCACCGCACUGCAGGUGUACAUCGGUUCCGACGUGGGACGCCCGUCGCCCCACAUCUUCUACCAGGCGUGCAAGGUGUCGGGCAAGAACUCGACCUCCUGCAUCGAGCGCAACAUUAACGGUACGAAGUACAUCGAGAUACAGCUGAAGCCGGAAAACGGCAUGACGGUGACGUGCGACUGUGUCGGCAUACUGAAGGAGCGUAACGUGGACGUGGAGUACCGGUUUCCGGACCAGACGGCGUCACGCACCAAGAAAAAAUCCACCAGAUGUCGGAUGGUGUUCCGCACGACUAUUCUCGGUGACGAUGGUACGGCGGAACUGCUACAGGUGUGCUCGCAACAAAUCAUCUGCACACAACCACCGGGUGUACCGGAAAUAUUGAAAAAAUCACUAAUCUCCUGCCCGGUGGAGGGUGGACUCGAGCUGUUUAUAAUCGGCAAAAACUUCCUCAAGGAUACGCGCGUAGUCUUCCAGCGUUCAAAGGGCAUGCUAACACAGUCGGCAUUUGCACGCACCGCUGUGCAGAAUACAACUGCCUGGGAGCAAUCGGUCAUCCCCGAUAAGGAGCAUCUAAAUCAGGUACAUCUAAUCUGCGUAGUGCCUCCGUACGAACGGCAGGACAUUACCGAACCGAUCACAAUCAAAAUGUACAUCGUGUCGAGUGGCAAAAAGAGCGAAACGCAUGACUUUAUUUACACACCGAAAGGUGAGCAUACGACGCUCAGUGCGGCGACCGUAUCAUCACCAGCACGCCGUAACAGAAUAAAUGCAGUUGGUCAACAACUGCAGCAGCAGCAUCAGCAGCCACAACCGCAACCAACAUCACACAACUAUUUUAGCGAGCUUGCUGCUGCCGCCAUCGGUAACGGUUCCGGAUUGGAAAAUGGCGCCACAGUAAACGUUGGCGCAAACGCUGACAGUGCACUAGCGGUGGCGAAUGCUAAUGCGGCCAUUAACGCGAUUGCCGCAACCGUCGUCUCAUCGUCGGCUAUGGGUGAGCUGCCGGGACCGAACGGGACUGCCGGGCGUUUCGUCUGCAACGGAAACCGCAAUGAAGCCGUAUCACCGUUCGACGAGCCAAACGUGUGCGACAGUCGUCCAAUGUUUUUGCGAGCUUCCACAUCGCUCGAAAUUGCCGCGAAGGGCAUGAUGCCGCCACCAAUCAAUGUGCUGCCAUCAAUCAGUGGAGGUACUGCAAGUAUUAUGCAACCGCAGUGCCAUUCGGGGCUGACGAUCGGCGUUGGUAGCGAGCAGCAGUACUCGGUGUCGUUGUCAUCACCGCAACAGGUACAACCCACAGAAGCAUUUAAAGCGGAAUUGGUCGAGCCGGAGUGCAGCCGUAGCGAUAUGGUCGAUGAGGACUCGCUGGACGGUGUCAUGUACAGGCCGUUACCAGCGGACGAAAGUAUUCUCUAUCGUCGGCGAAGCGUCCGUCAACCGAGCAUGGACAUGGAGGACAGCUCGUCGUCCAUGUCACUGCUGCCCAAUGGUGGUCACAUGUUAGACAUACCACUCGGGGAUGGAGGUGGUCCUGGUGGGGGAGGCGGCGGCAACAGUGGGGUUUCGAUCGGUGCGCAGCAUUUCGAUACGGUGAUGAACAUUGCCACCAUGGCCACAUUCUGUGGCAGUGCCAACUUGCCCAUGGCGCUGAUUAACACGAACUAUAUGAGCGGUGAGUCGUUGGAUGCUGCGAAAAAUACCAUCCCAUCGGAAUGCGAGCUUAAAAACAUUGUUAAGACAGAGACACAAGCCCAACCGCAGUUAUCAUCACCCUCACCGUCGAACAUACAGCUAAGCCAGUUGAUGGCGGUUACAUGCAAUGAUGCUAUCGCCACACAGAUCGAAGCGAAAUGCCUGCAACAGCAGCAGCAACAACAACAGCAGCAACAGCAGCAAGCAACACUGUUGGACAUUUCUAACCUAACGGUUCCGAAUGAUGCUGCUACGGUGCAAAAUAUGCUACAGCAGCAAGAUAUGCUGCUAGCACCAACCGCCCCCACCCCAACAUCGUUGUUACAGCAGCAACAACAACAAGAACAACAUCGCCACCAACAGCAACAGCAGGAACAGCAUCAACAUCAUCAGCAGCAGCUACAGCAACAACAGCAUCAACAACAAAUGCAGCAACAACAGCAGCUACAGCAACAACAUCAACAGCUACAGCAGCAGCAGCAGCAGCAACAACACCUGCAACAGCAGCAACAACAACUGCAACAGCAGCAGCAGCUGCAACAGCAACGACAACUGCAGCAGCAACAACUUCAAGAGCAGGAAGAGCUGCAUCAUCAUUUACAGCAGCUGCAGCAACAGAUGCCAGCAGAAAAAAUGGACGUCGGUAUGGUUAGCGGUUCGGUUGUUGUGUGUGAUGGGAUGUUGAUGAACAGCCAGCUUGCCCAGCAACCGAUGGAUACAUCUGCUCCAUUGUCUGCUGCGUCAGUUAUGGGUGCAAUGGGUGUGCAAAUGAGCAGCGUUGUCGGUACCGGGACAGGUGAGAUACCGCCAGUCAACAGAGUCACUACGGUCGAGCCGCAACGUAUAGAGCCACAAAACAACGAGACAUCCAUUGCGAUGGAUUCGAUCGGUCUCAACGCGGCACAGGAGGUUUCGCUUGCGGAAGAGUCCCGUGCUCUAGCCUCGGAACUAACCUCGAUGACCGAAACGGAGCUGAUGAACUACAUAUGUCCGAGCGCUUUCGAUUCCGUUUAA